GGGCGGGGUUGUGAGGUGUGGGAGGAGCCCAGGAGAGCAGAAGCCCCGCCCCCACGCUCCCACUCGCUGGGUCUUGGCUUCCCUCGGCGUUUCCCGCUUCGCCCUGGCAGGAUCGCCGCCGGAUCCCUCGGGAGAGGCUUCUGGGUCUUAUUCUGGGCAGGUCUGGCUGCUCCCCCUCCGGCCUUUGGGGCGCCCCUCCCGCCAGGAGAGCUUCCCCCCCCUCCCCGCCAGGAGAAAGGAGACCAGUGAGGAUGUGGCCGUGAGCGCCACAGAAGAAAAGGGGCGUCCUUGGAUCGGGACCCACAGACUUUUGGCCCAGACUCUGUUCUACAGAAUUUAGAUAUCGUGGCCCAGUUGGAGAAGCAGCUUCCUGCACAAAGGACGAAUGGAUUAAGGAGAAAUCAAACUGGUUAGCAGUGGGGGUCAUCCCUGGCCUGGACUCAGAGAGGGAACAGGUGACCCAGACACAGCUGCAACUUUAAAGUUCAUUCUGGACUUACUACCACAAUUUGGACCGGAAUCCUGGUCGUUGCAUGAAGCGGUCAUUGAGAUGUGACUUGGGCUGCUCUUCUCAAAUAUUGCAAUCCUCCUCUUGUGGGCCUGGUUGUUAAGCAAUUUCACAUGUUAUUAAGCAGACAAAGUCUCAGCGGAUAAAACAUUGUGACAAAAAAAUUAUCGGCAAGUCAACUAUCAAGAAAUUCAGUCCAAGGCAGCAAGUGCCAGAAAGCACGGAGCUUGGGAAACCUUUGGAUCCCCCGUCAGACACAGGCAGCACUCCGGAAAACCACAAAAGAACCCAUGAAUGCUCAGAGUGUGGGAAAUCCUUUGCACACAGGUCCCUCCUUUUGACCCACAGGAAGGUCCAUAUGGGAAGCGAAUCCAGUCAAAGUGUGGUUGAUGAGAAAUCCUUUUCUAGAAAAGACCCCAAAGAUCUCAAAACCCCCCCCCAGACUAAAACCUCAUAAAUGUGAGCAAUGUGACUUAUGCUUUGGUCAAAAGUCAACCCUUCUUACACAUCAGAAAAUCCACAGUGGACAGAAACCUUAUCAAUGUCUGGAAUGUGGGAAAUUUUUCCGUCAAAAAGCCCAUCUGGGAAACCAUGAGAGAAUUCACACAGGGGAGAAACCUUACAAGUGUUGGGAAUGUGGGAGGAGCUUUUCUCACACGGGAAGUCUUUGGCUCCAUGAGAAGAUUCAUGCAGGAGUAAAAUCUUACAAAUGCUUUGAGUGUGGAAAAUGUUUCACUUGUAGUUCAACUCUUCGAGAUCAUGAGAAAACACACAGAGGGGAGAAAAAGGAAAAGUGCCUCGAAUGUGGGAAAUGUUUCACCUUGAAAUCAAGCCUGGUGCGACAUCAGAGACGUCACACUGGAGAGAGACCCUAUGAAUGCCCAGAAUGUGAGAGACGAUUUAUGUGUUCUUCUGCGCUUCAGAGGCAUCAGAAGAGGCACAAAGGGGAGAAACCCUAUCAAUGUGGGGAAUGUGGGAAAGGUUUUGUUACACAAAGAGAGCUUCAGCUUCAUGAGAGAAUCCACACAGGGGAAAAACCAUACAAAUGUGGGGAGUGUGGGAAAUGCUUUACCCAAAAACAAAACCUUGGAAGGCAUGAGAGGCUCCACACAGGAGAGAAAUUAUACAGAUGCCUAGAAUGUGGGAAAUGUUUUGCUCGAAAGGGAAGCCUUUGGACACAUCAUAAAAUCCACACAGGGGAGAAGCCAUAUCAAUGUAUCGAAUGUGGACAAUUUUAUUCUACCACAUCACACCUUAGAAGCCAUGUGAAAAUUCACACAGGGGAAAGAAACUAUAAAUGUUUAGACUGUGGGAGAACAUUUGCUCAUUCCCAUUCCCUUAGAAACCACAGCCGAAUCCAUACAGGAGAGAAGCCCCAUAAAUGUUCGGAGUGCGGUAAAUGUUUUUCUCGGAAAGAUACUCUUUUAAAUCAUCAGCGAACCCACACUGGAAAGAAACCAUAUAAAUGCCUGGAGUGUGAGAAAUGCUUUGCCCACCUUUCAUCACUUGGCAUACACACCAGAAGUCACACAGAGGCGUCGCCUUACAAGUGUGCAGAGUGUGAGAAAACUUUUCAUUGUAAAUCUCAACUAAAAAGGCAUCAGAAAGUCCACAGUAGAGAAAAACCCCUUCAGUUGUGAGGAAUGCGGAAAAUUUUUUUUGAAACGUCACAUCUUAUAAUUCACCAGUAACUUCACACAGUCCCUGAAGGGAAAUCCUAGAGUUUUUUGGUGUGGGGAAACGUUCACAAUGACGAAACCAGUAUGGCAAUUUUUUGUCCCAGUUUCUUGUGCUUUUUGUACAACAAAGUAUCCACACAGGAGAGAUUCCACAAAUGCUUCAGCAGAAAUCAAAAUUUUAUUUCUGAUUUUUUUACUUUUCAUUUUGGAUAUUAAGAUUUUGGGAUCCAGAAGAGAAGAAGGAAACUCAGUUUAGACGCCUCAGAUAAUAUGAGGUGAUGGAAAUUGCCUUGUGAUUCCGUUGCACCUAAAAUAACAGGGAGAUCCCAUUUUUCUCUUGAAAUAAAUAGAAACAUGCAAUAAAUAUCCUACAGCACAGCAGGCAGAAGCCUGGGGAAAAGAAGAGCAUUUGCUGAUAAUUUUGGAAAACCUUUUGUAAGGAACAAAAAUGUUAAUGGAAAAAUUAAUAUUUUUCUGUUGGUUUUAAACUUAAUAGCUGAAAGACAAAGAUGGCAAACUAAAUAUGAACAUGGGAGAGCAAAUAAAAUUGAUGGGGAAAAAAGUGUUUUGAAGAAAUGAGGGAACAGUAAGAAACUUGAGCAUUAUUAAAAAAAUACAAAUUGUAUGUCAAAAUAAUUAUGUUAAGGCAUGGGAAGAAAUCAAGAAGGCUGUGUUAAGAUGUAGAAAUUACAACUGUUCGGGAGAAUUUCUGUGAUUAAAAAUGAAUG